AUGAGAGAAGGUCACUGCAUGGAGUUCAUCGCGAAGCGGGCCAUCCAGCGAAUUGAAGAUCGAGACACCGCCAAGGAACCACCAAAGAAGGUCAUAAGAAUUAACACAAUCCUAGCCGACACCAAGAAGUUAGGGCUGACGAGCAAGGAUAAGAAGAGGAAGAUCAAACAAGCCACUAUGAUCUUCCAAGUCUCGACUGACCUUCCACCAGGAGAAGACGAUCCUGUAAUCGGCUUCCAAAAGAAAGAUCUGAUUGGCCUCGACAUGCCACAUAAUGAUGCCCUUGUCAUCAGCAUUCAAAUCGCCCAGGCGAUGGUCGACCGAAUCCAUGCAGACGAGGGCAGCGCAGCCAAUAUCAUGUAG